ACUUAACGCUCCUCCUCGUGCCGUUGAGUGUGAAUCAUGGCGUCUUUGCGUUGACAGAUUCUACUUAUUUAACGUCACUGUUAACAAUCCUCUUCUUCAUUGUACCAAUCAGAGAAAGAGACAGAGAGAGGGAGAGAGAGAGAGAGAGAAAGGGAGGGAGGAAACGCCAUUAACGGGGCCUGUGUUCUUCAAGUGAAAUUUGAAGGUUAAGAAGAAAUGGAGGGAAAGAGCAAGUUGUCAGCACACUGGUGGUGGUUUGACAGUCAGAGCAACACUACCCCAAGGAAAUCUCCAUGGCUACACUCCACUCUUGCAGAACUGGACGACAGGACAGAGGCAAUGCUUAAACUGAUCGAGGAAGAUGCAGAUUCGUUCGCAAAACGUGCAGAGAUGUAUUACAAGAAACGACCCGAGCUCAUUAGCAUCGUUGAGGAUCUGUAUAGAGCCCAUCGAUCGCUAGCUGAAAGAUAUGAUCAGGUCAAGUUUGAUAGUGGAAGCCGCCACUUGAUCACUCCAUGGACAUCGUGUCCUUUACCUCUGUCCAAAUUCCGAACUUCGCAUUUGAUGAAAGAAUCAGAGAAAUCAUACGACAGCUACUCUGAGUCUUUUGACUUUGACCAUGAUUUUGAUUCUGUUGAAUCUGAUAUGUUUGAUGACCCCCAACACGCGUCUUUUAAUGAUGAAACUGAAGAAGAGGAAAAGAGUAGUAGUUCAGAUGAAGAAGGAAUGAGGUUGAGGGAAGAGUUAGAGAGGCUGAGAGAAGAAAACAAGGUUCAGAAGGAAGAAUUGGUUCAGAAAGAUGAAGAGAAAAGGGAGGCGAUCAGACAACUAAGUUUUUGUGUGGAUUUGCUCAAACAAGAAAAUCUAAAUCUCAAAACAAGAAUUGCUAAAGAUUCUUUCAAGAAGCAAAACAGCAGCCCAUUUGAGUUUACAAAACUGAAAGGGGUAUUUUGGGGAAUAUUCAAUGGUGAAGCUACUACCGCUGUUCCUCUAUAGGCAUUCACAGGUAUAUUUUGACAUAUUCUUGAUAUUGAUAUUCUUUCUAAAUAAUGUUCUGUUUGUCCCCAAAAAAGUUUUAACUUUUUAAAAUUUACAUAUUACCAAGUUACUCUUCAUUUUCUUAAAUAUUUAUUUCGUUAAUUUUUUAUUAAAAAAUAUAGUAAAUUUAAUUUGUUCAUGUAAACUUUGAAGUGGGGUCUUGUUUUGUAAUGGAUAUGGAUAUUGUUUUUUAUGGGUCAUUGUGUAGUGGUGUCUUUUAGAAUUGGAUUAUUCAUGUACGGUGUUGAUUCUUUGUUACUUUAAGCAAUGUCAGAAUAUACAGUCUUCAAAUUCAAAAUGGUUCCUGUAAUUUUGCCGUGGAAUGUUUGGGUUACUUUUCCUACUCUAUUUUAUAUAUUUACCUUUGUAAUAAUUAUUUGUCUGCUC